AUGAUUGGCCCCUCUUUGUGGGGCGUCGACUCUCCACGCUCAUUAGCCACGCCCGUGAUAGAGCAGCCUAUCCCGAUAUGCGAGCACGGUGGAUCUGGACUGGUACUGGAAGACCGUCUUAUGGGGUAUGUUGAAGGGAGUCAUCCUCAGAUACUGCCUUUGUUCGGGGACUCCGAACAGGACUGGCCCAACGGCCUCAGGGUGGUGCUCUAUUUCCUUGGCCUUUGCUGGUGCUUUGUGGGCGUGGCUAUUAUCAGCGACUUCUUCAUGGGGGCGAUAGAGAAAAUUACUUCUAAGAAAAAAAGAGCUCGCCUUACAAUCCAAGGCGAGACCAAGUUGGUGACUGUACGAGUAUGGAACGACACUGUGGCGAAUCUCACUUUGAUGGCACUAGGCUCGAGCGCCCCCGAGAUAUUGCUCUCUAUCAUAGAGCUAUUCAGUCAAGAUAUGUACUCGGGACACUUGGGGCCCAGUACCAUCGUAGGAUCAGCAGCGUUCAACCUUCUGGUCAUCUCGGCGGUAUGUAUUAUGGCUAUCCCGGAUGGUCAAGUGAGAGCUAUCAACGACAUUGGCGUAUUUGUGGUUACGGCUGGCUGCAGUAUAUUUGCAUAUAUAUGGCUCCUCUUAGUACUGCAGGUGUCUUCGCCGGACGUAGUAGACAUAUGGGAAGCGGUGGUCACUUUGGUGCUUUUCCCUGUCCUUGUGGUCAUGGCAUUUGCUGCUGAUAAAGGUAUGUUCUCGAUCAAGACAAAUGUAGCAAGUGCGCAUCGUGACCAUAUCGUGGGUCUGGAGGAUCUCAGUCCGGACGAGCUAGUGGAUUUGAUGGCUGAGGUGACCAGGAGGAGACGCUUCACCCACAGGAGAAGUGUCCAUCGCAGAUUCGUCAACGACAUGGUUCAAGUCUCACUGACGAUGCCGUGA